AUGAAGUCGUACGCAGAAGCGACAAGGGAAAAUCUCGGCCAGGACCAAAAUAGGAAAGCAGGCCCGGGACAAAAACCUACGCUGCACUCUGUCGUGGUGGAGCCGAAGAGUUCGACCGACACGGCAGAGGAUACAAUACAAAACAUCCGUCAUCUACUAAACGCGAAGGAGGAAGGAUGGCAAGUUCAAAAAAUAAGGAGAGCCAGAGACGGAAAAGUUGUAGUGGGCUGCAGGACGGAGGAAGAGAGGAGUAAACUUAAGGAAAAAUUAGGAAGAGAAAUGGAAGUAAAAGAUGCGUCAAAUAAAAACCCUCUUAUAAAAAUUAAAAAUCUAUUGUCCUGCAACACCACGGAAGAUAUCACCCGGGCCAUCAGGAACCAAAACAAAAAUGCGACUGCACACCUGGAGGAACGGGACCUGACCAUAGUGGAGAAGUAUAGAAGGAAAGCAAGAAACCCUCUGGAGAGCCACGUGGUCCUACAGGUCGCGCCAAAACUUUGGCAAUCAUUAACAUCGGCUGGUAGGAUACACGUGGACCUGCAGCGGGUUUGGGUAGAGGACCAAUCCCCUCUGGUCCAGUGCACUAUGUGUCUGGGGUAUGGACAUACCCGCAGACAUUGUAAAAAGGAGACCGAGGUGUGCAGUCAUUGCGGAGGAGCCCAUUUGAGGGCAGAUUGCCAGAUCCAAAAGGAAGGUAAACCUCCCAGCUGCGUUAACUGUAUAGGAAUAAAAGGAAGAGACGCGGAGCACGGAGCCUUCAGCCAGAGCUGUCCAACCCGGCAGGGGUGGGACAAGGCGGCGAGGCUAAGCUACGCGUAUUGUUAAAAAAGCCGAGGGCACCAACAAUAUUACCGGCUUUCUCCUGGCACAAGCGAACCUUAGAAAAAAGAGAAUCGCGAUCCAGGAGUUUAUAAAAGAAGCGGGCGGUAGAAACGUGAAAAUAGCACUACUCCAGGAACCGUACAUAGGGGCCAGUAAACAGAUGGCAGAAAGCCCUAUGUACAGAGUAGUGCAGUGCGUACCCACUGGGGAGAAACCGGUGAAGGCGGCGAUACUUGUUUUCGACGAACAUAUAGAAGUCUUUCAAGACAAGUCACUUAUCACGGAAAACAUAGUGGCUGCCGUCCUGAGAACGGACCAGUGGGAAAUAGGGGUAAUUUCAGUGUACUUCGAAGGCGAUGAACCCAUCGGACCAUACCUCGAACAACUAGGAAGCGUCACGAAAAAACUUAAAACCAAGAUGGUACUGAUUGGAGGGGACGUGAACGCAUGGAGUGAAUGGUGGGGGAGCCGAAACGAAGACACACGAGGAAGGGAAUUACGAGGGUUCCUUGACGAAGAGGGGCUGAGCAUCUUAAAUUGUGGCAACACACCCACCUUCGACACCGUGAGAGGAGGCCGUAGAUACACGAGUGCAGUGGACAUCACAGUAUGCACAACGGCCCUCCUCAGUAAGGUAACGAGAUGGUGGGUUGAUACUUCCAUCACUAGCUCUGACCACAACACAAUUUUUAUGACUACAGCCCUUCAAAAACCCCAAACGCACAACCUACCGAAGACAACCCGCAAAUUCAAUACGAAAAACGCAGACUGGGAGGAAUUUAGAGACAAGAUAAACAUGGAAUUGACACAUCUAGGACUGGACAUAGAAACAAUAAAAGGACAGGACACAAAGGCCGGGGUCAAUAACAUAGUAAAGGAUUACACGAAAUUAAUAAUAAAAGCCGCUGAAAAACAUAUCCCCAAAGUAAAACAAAGGAAGAAAAGCUUCGAUCCACCCUGGUGGAACAAGGAAAUAGAGGCCCUAAAAAAGGAUAUGACAAGAAAAAAGAAAAGGAUCUCAUACGCAGCUCCCAGGAGGAGAGAGUGCGUAGUAAACGCCUACCUGGAGGCAAAAAAGACCUAUGAAGAAGAGAUCGAAAGGGCUCAAAAGGAAGGGUGGAAAAAACUC